ACCUAAAAAUCAAAAUUUGAACGUUAGAGAAAUGAUGUCUUGUACCGUUGCGAUUUCCAGUUCUCCGGUCUUCUCUCCCUCUAGGGUUUCCGUCUCUUCUUCUCUUCCAUGCAAGGCGGCCGCCGGAUCUUCCUCGUCGCCGGACACCCUAUCCCGGAUCCAUUCCCCGUCGGGAGCAGCUUCCUCCUCUUCUUCGCCGUCUUCACCGCUACGGAUUCUCCGGCUCCACAAACCGCCGCCCAGCGGCUUAAACCGAGCUUCUUCCGAGUGUUCCGCGUCCACUUCUCCGACUGUUUUGAAGCGGAAGCGGCCGGCGAGAUUGGACAUUCCAAUUGUGUCGAUGGGAUUCGGGAAUGUUCCGCCGACUCCCGCGGCUAUGGAGAGCGUGGUGGAGUUUGAGAGCGAUGAGUUUUCGGUGUGUUGUAAGCGCGGAAGAAGAGGAUUUGCUAUGGAAGAUCGGUACUCGGCUAAGGUGAACCUUCACCACGAUUCCAAACAGGCUGUUUUUGGUGUAUUUGAUGGGCAUGGAGGAGCAAAAGCUGCAGAGUUUGCAGCAGAGAAUUUGGAUAUGAAUAUUGUUGAUGAGGUUGAGAAGAGGGGGGAUGACAACACUGAGGAGGCUGUGAAGUGGGGAUAUUUGAACACAGAUUCCGAGUUUCUCAAGCAAGAUCUUCGAGGCGGGGCUUGCUGUGUCACAGCCCUGAUCAGGAAAGGCAAUCUAGUGGUAUCGAAUGCUGGUGAUUGUCGGGCUGUUGUGAGUAGAGGAGGGGUUGCUGAGCCACUGACAUCCGAUCACCGCCCUUCGAGGACUGAUGAAAAGGGUAGAAUUGAGGCCUCGGGUGGCUAUGUGGAUUAUUGCCAUGGCGUUUGGCGAAUCCAGGGAUCCCUGGCAGUGUCCAGAAGUAUUGGAGAUUGUUAUCUUAAACAAUGGGUUAUAGCAGAACCUGAAACCAGAAUUCUUCCCCUUACUCAUGAUGGGAUUAAACUAAACCAACAAACGUGCUCGUCUGCUCUGCAGGUUAGUAAUCAGGAAGCUGUAGAUGCUGUUCGUCCGUUAUGCACAGACUCAGAGAAGCCCCAACUGCUGUCAGCCUGCAGGAAGCUCGUCGAUCUCUCAGUCUCACGAGGCUCUUUUGACGAUGUGAGUGUGAUGCUAGUUCAACUGCGAAAGUUUCAAUGAUAUGAUCUUUGCAUAUAGGCUUACAGAGAGAGAAGGAAGUAUAAUUCUUUCGCCGCUAACUGACCAGAGACGGCCUUCAUUUCUCCAAUGAUCUCACGCCACCGGAGAUGACCAUGGAUGAUGGAUGUGUAGAACAUAUUCAACGCUCUAGGCGCCUGACCUUUUGGUUUCUAAUUUAUCAUUUUUGCUAGAAAUUCUGUGUUGUAAAUUGUAUAACAUCCAUUGUAAUUCUUUUUAGUUUAAAUAUAUUACUUUUUUUUUUAUAAAAAGAAAGUAAUAUAGUUUAACUAAAUCACACCAGACUUACUAUUUAUCUACUCUGUAUUUGUUAA